GUCCUUCACUUUCCAUUUUUUGUUUCCAACUUUGUUCCUGUCUCAGCAGCUCCGUCACAAAAAAAUGUUUCACCGCGCAACGCCGCCUGGGUACCAGCCGCUUGGCGACGACGCCUACUCUGACGGGGACGACGAUGCGCAUCCCAACGACGGGCGGCACCCUCAGCAGCAUGCGCGCGGAGGUGCAACCGCAUCAGCACUGGGAGGAGGACGAGAAGGAGGAGGAGGACGUCGGAGUGAUGACGACUUUGGCAUCCCGCCAACGCUGCCGUCGUCGGUCGCCUCGUCGCAGUACAUGGCAGCAGCCUCGUCGCUCGCGGCGCAAGAGCAGCUCGGAAGCGCCUUUGCCGCAGGUGCAGGUGCAGGUGCCGGUGGUCGGCGUCAAGGGGAUGAAGCCAACACUCACUGGACGAAGAAGAGCGGCAAUGCAAAAACAGCGGCUGCGCUCGAAAUGCAGCCACUGUCUGCAAUGCACUCGAACGCACAUCCGUCCGACAGCGUCCACAUUGCCAUGGGAGAGGCAUCGUCGCGGUAUGGACAGCAGCAGCAGCAGCUGGCGACGGCGAUGGGCAGGCAAGGCGGGCGUCGCGUCGGAUUCGAGAAUGAUGACCGUUUCAAUGCGAACAACGGCAAUGACGACGACGACGACGACAACGAAGACGACUAUGCCGAGACCGAUGAUCAUGGCGAGCAUCGCAGUGGUGGCAAUAACGAGGGCAGCUGGGCGGACGCAGACUCGAGCAGUCAGUGGUAUGCUGUGCAGGAUCUCGACCAGUUCUUCCACGAUAUCUACAAGUACCACGAAGGCAAAGGAUUUCGGAACAUUGUCCUGGCGCGAAUUCUCAAGCUGUUUGUGCUCGCAUUCACAGUCUGCUUUGCAGUGUUCUUGAUUGCCUGCGUCGACUAUGACGAAAUCUUUGAGACGCACGAGCUGGGCGAAGCCAUUCACUUGGGCAGACUCUCGUCGCUGCAUCCAAUCUUGAUACUGAGCUUGGUCGUGUCCAGCACGUUCUGGCUGUUCCAGUUCAUGCUCAUCUUCCGAAACAUGCGCUCGCUGCUGGAUAUGCGAACGUUCUAUGUUGAUGAGCUGCAAAUCCCCGAGAGCGAAAUCGAAACCGUUCGAUGGAACGAGGUGCUGCGAAAGCUUGAACAAGUGCAACGGAAGCGCAACAUCUGCAUUGUCAAGAAGGAAAUCACUCCACAAGACGUGGCAAACCGCAUCAUGCGAAAGGACAAUUAUCUGGUCGCUCUCAUGAACAAGGACUUGCUCAAUUUGCGCGUGAACAUUCCGUUUUUGGGUCCUCGCAUCAUCUUGCCAAAAGCGCUCGAGUGGAACAUUGCUCGAUGCAUUCUCGACUAUGUGUUUGACAAGCGGUACGGGACGAUGAAGGAGCACUUCCUGGACGCAAAGCACGCCGAGCGACUCGCAAAAGGACUGCGCAAGCGUUUCUUUUUCAUGGCGGUGGUCAACCUCCUCUUUGCGCCAUUUAUCAUGGUGUUUAUGCUGACGUACUUUUUCUUCCGUUACACUGAGGAGUUCCGUAACCGGCCAACAACUGUCGGUGCGCGACAAUGGACUCCGUAUGCUCGCUGGUGGCUUCGAGAGUUUAACGAGUUGCCGCAUAUUUUCCAAGCUCGCUUGAACAAUGGCUACAAGCCCGCGUCCAAGUACAUCUCCAAGUUCAACUCUGAAUUCCUUGCUCUUAUUGCUCGCUUCAUCGCGUUCGUCCUGGGUGCGUUUGCCGCCAUCAUCAUCGCCGUCUCCAUCUACAACGAGGACUUUUUGCUGCAGGUGCACUUGGUCGAAGGCCGCUCCAUGUUCUGGGUUCUCGGUGUCUUGAUUGCCAUUUUGGGCGUGGUUCGCACGCUGAUUCCCGACGAAAACCUCGUCUUUGAUCCCCCGCUUCUCAUGCGCAACGUGGUUUACCACAUCCACAUGUUUCCUGCCCACUGGAAGAACCGCGAGCACACUUUUGAAGUCGCCGGCGAGUUUUCCACCCUCUUCGACAUGCGCAUGGUCGUGUUUGCUCAAGAAGUUUUUAGCUUUAUUUUGACGCCAGCCAUGCUCUUCUUCAAGCUUCCGAGCACCUCGCGGCAAAUCAUUGACUUUAUUCGGCAGGUCACUGUCUACGAGAAUGGCGUUGGCUACGUGUGCAGCUUUGCGCUGUUCAACUUUGAGCGGAACGGCAACGCGAAUUACGGCGUCCCGCUGUCAGAUCGCGCCGCCAGUCAGCCGGUCGGUGCUCGGCAGAUCUCGUCGCACGGCAAGAUGGAAAAAUCCUUCCUGUCGUUCAAGGCAACCAACGCGGACUGGAAGCCACGCAAGUCUGCACGUCAUUACUUGGACCACUUGACACAAAUCGCCCUCGACAACCCGAUGGCUCAGUCUGCUACGAGCACACCACGCAUCCGCUUCCAGACAAACUCGGUCAUGAUCCCAGUAAAUAUGUCACAGUCUCGUCCCGCGGCUCCCGUGUCCGACACUACUGGCCUGCCUCGCGUCUUCAUCCCAGCACAGCAACCAACAACAACAGUUGCAGCAGCAGCGGCAGCAGCACCUCCUGCCGCAAGCUCGGAAGUCUCACCUUACCCCCAGCAUGCCAUGGAAGAUUUGCUGCAUUCACCAACACUUCGAUCUCAGCCGCCGCCGUUCGAGUUGUCGAGCUCGUCCGCUGCAGCGCCGAAAUCGUCGGACGAUACGCCCUCGCCGCCAGCAAUUGUUGAACCACCGGUAUCAGAGAAUGAUGGGCCGCUGCGAGAACCCACGGUCGCCGCUGCGCCACCGACUUUGUCCGCUCAUCCUCUGCAGCACUCGACUGCGGCUGUUCGGCAUCCAAUGCAGCGCUCUCGCAUGCAACAAUCGCGGAUGGCUGGCUCUAUCGCUGGUGCAUACGACAAUCCUCUCUACGCUUCUCGCAUUGCCGGCGGUGUGAAGCGAAAGUCGCCCGCGGACGAGAACGGAUUUAUUGACUUUUUGUCCGAGUCCGACAUGGACUCGUUGCAUCUCUCGACCACCGCCGUCUACGACAAUCUCGGUCUCUCUGCGUUGCUACUCGAGCGUAUCUACGACAACGGGUUUUAACAAGCACGGCUUUUCGUGUUCUCGGUUGCAAUGUGAUGUUGUUGUUGUUUUUUGAUGUAGUUUGUUCCCUCAUAAAGCGGCACCUCGACAUAUUGUAUUCAUUCGA